AUGUGCUUGAAAAGAAGCCGCAAAGGCCGCGGACACGCUUGUAGGCAGCGGCAAUCUGGCAGAAAAACGAAGAACUCCAUCGCUUUUUCUGCCACUACCCCGGCACACAUUAUCGCAGCUAUCAUUGAAAAGAAACAACGACAUAGUGAUGUAUCCAACUACCUCGAAGACGAUGAGGACGAUGAUCCGAGACUCCAAAAGAUGUACACUCGUGUAGAGGACAUCUCGAGGGACGGCAGACGCAUCAAAGUCGAUUUUAUCAAAGACCUGGGCAGGUCUGAGCCUGAGAUGGGUGAGGGAGGUGACUCUGAUGAUCAGUUGUAUUGGAUGUCAGAGGAUUGGGAACCGUACAUGGAUGCGACGGAUCCAGAUGAAGAAGGAGAUCAAUGCUCAGACAUGGCAGAACCAAAAGCAAGCGACCAUGUAGUCGUGACUUCAGUGCUGCGAAAACACUACUUAUCCUCAGUUGGCUUAGAUAAUCCUCUCCUGGUGUGGGUUGGCAGGCCCGAGCGCCCAGGAUAUUGCAAUGAAUAUCUGAACGAGUAUAUACGAUGGGAGGGUUGCGGGAAUGUGUCCAUGCUACCGUGUAUGAGUGCGUUAAUGACUAAAUGGAAUGGGUCAUUCUUCGACCGCAUUUCACUCAAGUUGCUUGGCCUAGGGGUGGAUAUGGGCCACGAGGAUGGGACCAACUGCAACAAGAAAGUCCCUCACCGUCAACAACUUCUACAAUAUGGGUGGUACCCCUCCACUGUUGACACACCAGAGACCGCAUGCACAGAGGAGGCUCUCGUACAGUAUUCCGCCCUCAUGUCUCGAACUAAAGUAUCUCCGCACGGUUAUUAUCAGGCUCUCGAGACCCUUACAGACCCACUCGGCCUCGAUGUUCCCCCGGUAUGUCUACAUUUACAGUUCAGUUCAUCUGUAGCUAACAAAAUCCCAAAGAGUCAUUAUAAAGUGUUCCUUUGCAUCUUGCGUCAGCACGGCUACAUACGCCUCAUGAAGGACGCAGGUCACGACACCACCGGGCCGGGUGAGCUUGCUGUAGCCUGCCCCGCGUGUCCGCAUCCAAAUAUCAAUCUUCCUGAGGGCUGGGAGAGUGCUGACCCGUCUCAAAAGUUUCUAUAUUGCCUCUUUCUUGCAAUGGAUGCCAAUUUCCGGUUGAAGAACCGCAAUCAUGGCAGAUUGCCAUCCGAUAUCGAGUUAUUCAACGGGUUAGCAUACUUCGUAAAGACAGGACCGUACAUGGACUAUGUUUGA